AUGGGCCUCCGUGACAAAUUUAGGAAGAAGCACGACUCAGAAGAGGAGCCCGUUGAUGCGAACCCCUCGAGCCCCGAGUUUACCUUUAUCCGCACCGAUACGCACAACGCCGAGAUUAUCUAUCCUCCCAGUGCGGGCCCCAAUCGAGAACCCGGCCAGUUUCUCUCUGCGGAGCCUAAAACGGAUAGCAAGCAGCGCCUUAGCCUCGAUGUUUUUCGCGGAAACCGGAGUCGGAGCGCCUCUGCGUCGAGCCACCAGAGCUCCGGCAGGCGCCUCUCCCAACGCCUUCACCUGAGCCGCAGUCCCGCAAGUUCUGAGAACGUGCCGGAAGAUCUUCCCGAGAUCCUGACGGCUGAAGGCGUAGACGACAAGGACGGCACCGAAUCGCAGUGGGAGAAGCGCGCGACAAUCCUCGCCCGCGAGAAUGAGAAGCACCGCAGUCGGCCCUCUACUCCCGUUCACGGCUCUGCGGCCCCCGUGAUCCCGCAGCUCAGCUUGGGCGGCGGGCCGAGCAACUCGUCUUCCGACUCGCAAAGCAAGGCCGUCUCCUCUAAGGCGAUCGACGAGGAUAUCCAGGAGGCGAUUCGGUUACAUGAAGCGGGGGACCUUGAUCAAUCGACCGCAUUGUUUGCGCGGCUGGCGGAUCCUAAGGGGGCAAACAACCCCCUAAGUCAGGUCUUGUAUGGGCUUGCGCUGAGGCACGGAUGGGGUUGCCAGCCAGACACGGCAAAGGCUGUAACCUUUCUCUCUGCCGCGGCAUCUAAUGCAGCCGACGUCGAGCAACUCGCUCUGCAGGCGGGGCUCAAGAAGGGUGGUGCUGCGAAGGGCGAGCUCGUGCUGGCCAUCUUCGAAUUGGCCAAUUGCUUCCGUCACGGAUGGGGGAUUCCUAAAGACCCAAUUGCCGCAAAGCAGUAUUACGAGACGGCCGCGAAUCUGGGGGACACAGAUGCCAUGAACGAGGUCGCUUGGUGCUAUUUUGAAGGAUUUGGCACAAAAAAGGACAAGUUUGCGGCAGCCAAGUAUUACCGGCUGGCGGAGAAGAAUGGGAACAAAAUUAUUGGUAAUUCUUGGAUAUGGAAGGACAAGUACGAACCGGGGCAUGGCAAGAAGUAG